CGAAUGUAAUGCCCAGUUAACUUAAAAAAACCUGGCUUGAUGAUAUAUGCAGCCUGCAUAUGUGACCUUCCAAAGUUUCAGCAUUCGGAUUGAGAAACGGCCAAUGUGAUGGAAGAAUCAAAGCUUUACAAAGCUUCGAAACAAUUGAACCAAUUGCUUCGGAAAACGAUUCACUGUAUCGACGUUCUCAUAUGGCGCCACCCUUUUGGUGAAACGUUGUAAAAGAUCUCAGUCCAAACAUUUUACACGUUUUACAAAAUAAUUGCAAAUGUUUUUCUAAAAAUAUGUUUUUAAGAAAAUGGUAUUGUUUGACUAAAUUAAGUAAAGUGUACUCUAGUUUUAUUUAUGGCAAACAGAAGUCUAUCUAUUAAUUAUGUACAGGUUUGUAAUUAAAUCUGUCUAUAAACAAAAAGUAGGCAAAACUGUAGUUAUCAGUCUGAAUGUUUUAUAUCUGAAGGUUUUAUAUAAAACUGACCCGAGUUCACCUUAAAGCUGCGGUUGGCAACUUAUUUGAUCAUAUUCACUGAAACCAACACUAUGCUCCGAUAGAACAACAUAAAUUAGACUGUUUAUGACACUGGUUAAUGGUUUCUCCGUGAUCAACUCCUCCUAGUGGUGAAACGUUUCGAAACAGUUAUGACGUAAUGAAGCUUCGCUUGCUAAAAAUCACGUGAUCUGGCCAGUUUGAUACACACUUCGAACCAAUGAUUCAAAACAAAAGAUUCGUAAAUGUUUUCGACUCGGGCGUAUGAAUCAGUAUUUCGAAAUCGCCCAUCACUGCGGACAGUUCAAAACAUUGAAGUUUAUUUUUGUUCAUUAGAAUGGCAGAAGAUCAUAAUGUUCAUGCUUUCCUCAUCAUUCUUCUCAUCUCUAUCACAGGGUUCAGUACUGAAGACACUGUGUUUGUGAAGACAGGAGCUUCUGUUCAACUGAAUAUACAAAGAGAUAAACUACCUGAUGAGUUUGAUGAGAUGACCUGGGAAAAUGACAAAUCUGAGAAUGUUGUGAAAUACAUGUUAAAAGAAGUUAGACCUCAUCCUUCUUACAAGGACAGAGUGGAUUUCAAUACUGAAAGUUUCUCUCUAACACUGAAGAACAUGAAGAAGACAGACAGUGGAGUUUACAGAGCAAUAGCAUAUGGAGAAUCAAAAACACUUAUUGCUAAACACAGAGUAUCUGUUAUAGAUGCAGUGAAGACUCCUGAGCUGACUGUCAUCUCUUACCCGAGCAGUGACUCCUGUACUGUAAACUUCACAUGUAGAGCUCAUAAUCUCACACUUCACUCCACUUAUAAUAAUGAUAACUGCUCUCCAGAGGAAGUGACAUCACAUGAAAAGUUCACUCUCAUCCUGAUCUGUAGUAAUGAAUCCAUCAUCUGUAACCAUAGCAACCCUAUCAGCUGGAAAACAGAUAGAAUAGACAUUAAACAGCUUUGUAAAGGGAAUGAAAGUUCAGCCCAUCGUCCCAGUCAGAGCAAUACUGUGUUUAUUGUGAUGCUUGUGGUUUUUGUACUGUUGCUGCAAGAAUAUGCAGUGAAGACUCCUGAGCUGACUGUCAUCUCUGACCCGAGCAUUGACUCCUGUACUGUAAACUUCACAUGUAGAGCUCAUGACCUCACACUUUACUCCACUUAUAAUAAUGAUAACUGCUCUCCAGAGGAAGUGACAUCACAUGAUAACUUUACUCUAAUCCUGAUCUGUAGUAAUGAAUCCAUCAUCUGUAACCAUAGCAACCCUAUCAGCUGGAAAACAGACAGAAUAGACAUUAAACAGCUUUGUAAAGGGAAUGAAGGACCAAAUCUAUUGUCCCCCAGUCAAACGGAUAGUGUGUUCAGUAUUUGGAUGCUUGUGUUUGUUGUUGGAGUGAUUGUGUUUUGUUGUUUGGUCCCUUAUUGUUGCUGCAGAAAUAAAAAAAUCUCCCCCGUGUGCGAUGAGCUGGUUAAGGCAGUGACUCUUGCAGUGGUUCAGCUUGUCAUGGACUUGCACUCGUCCCCAGAGCCGUUUGGAUGA